AUGAUGGACCACUCUUCAUCCAAUUUGAAGUCCUUUGACAAUCCUCGACCAUACGACGUUCUAUGCGGUAGGAACCGCAAUUCCUUCAACAACAUUGGAAACCGUAGAUUUCGCAUUACCAUCAGCAUGAAUGUGGAAAAGUACAAUGCCAUGCGUUCUCGUCAUGAACGAAGCAAAUUUAUUGCGAGUCUUGCUCAGACCAUGAGGUACGAAGUUGGUUUUCGCUUUCUCAAGCGCAAGGAGGGAGGAGCGAAGAAUGCACAAACGGUGGAACUCACGAAUUAUGAGAUUCGAGCCAAGAUUGGACACGCGUUGAGAGAUCUUUCGUCUAAUACGAAGGAAGAUGGCAGUGGUCGUACUACUACACCUGAAUCCAAGGUUCUAAGACCUGGUCCAUACCAGAAGCAAGACAAGAAGGCACUCAGGAUGGUUUCUUCCUCUGCCUCUUUGGUGACACUAUCAUCCGCGUCUACAAUGUCAUCGGCGCAAUCCACCUUGGAUGGUAGCAAGCCAACAACAGCUAGCAUGUCCACUCCAUGUCCCGCACCAGUAACUGCUUCAUCGGCUCAAAUUAGAGUAUCCUCCGCUCCCAGCAGUGUGGCCACGAUUGAAGAACAACCAGUCACUUUGAAUGCCCAAAAGGCCGGUGCUGGUGCUCUCGAUCAGAUUUGCUCCCCCAGUCCUCCUGUGCACCUCAUGUUGUCCAAGCUUCCUCAGGCGGAACAAGAAACCACGCCGUUGCAAUCAAAUCUACUUCUAGACAACAACUUUAUGACAGUAUCACCAGACACCGACCAAGAAAGGGGGAAACUCCCGUAUCAUCCACUCUUGGAUCAUAUUGGAGAAGGAUAUACGACUCAACAUAGCCUAUUGGAUGCAUGUCAACAGAGCCUAUUGAAUCCACCUCCCAUGUAUUUGAUCCCUUCGCUAGUAGACGAAGAAGAUGAACUGGAUGAUUUUUGGACAACCUCGGACGAGCUCCUACAAAACGAACACUCGGCACUGGCUCCAGCUACUAGUCCCAUGUCCGUUGGUAGCUACUGCUGCGAUACUUCUAUAAGUCGACCAUCGUCGUCUGCUUGGCUCUCCGAUACCACGAUGGAAAACAUUUCCUUGGUCAACGACGACUAA